AUGUCUUCCACUAGGCCAACCUACCACAUUCCCUUCCCAAAAGACUUUCUCGCUGUCAACACCCCCAUCAAGAAAGCCACUCCCGCUCCAGCUGCCGCCGAGCCCGUCGUGUCUGCUCACGGGUUUCUUUCCAACCGACCGGCUAGCGGACGUCACCAGUCCAUUUCGUCCGUCUCCAGCCUGUCCAGUGUCACAGCCCCCUCCGAGGCUAGCACUAUCAGCCCGCCAUCUUCGCCCGCAACAAACACUUUCCAUUCGCCAAUCUUUGGCCCUAAGAUAUUCGCUCCUCUUGCGGUUAAUGCAAAGUAUGCGCCGCCGGCGGGCGGUCUUAAGGAGAUGAGCGCUGCCGAGCGCCAGAGGCGGAUGAGCUUUGAGCGAUCGGCUUUCCUGUCCAACAUCUACUAG